AACUCGCACGCUUGUGUGUGUUUCUGCUGGGAGUUUUCACACGACUGUUGCGGAGGGGCGAGAGAGACACACGCGGAGCGAGAGAGAGAGAGGGGAGAGCGCAAAAGAAGCAGCUGAGUGAGGAACUACAUCAGAAGCCAGAUUUUCUUUUCGUCACGGUAGCUUGGAAGCCAAGGCUUCAACUCACACUAGUGCUUGUGGCUUCCUCCUGGAAUACAAGUCCGCUCAACUCUGCCGGCGCGAACCACCGUCGGAGCUGGCAAUGGAGAUCCCUCAGCAGAUGAGCGGACUGCAGAGGAAGAAGCCUCCUGGGCUCUUGCUCAACAUCCCGCCGCCAACACAGGACUCUCCCGUGCUCCCGCACUUAAAUCGCCUCGGGUACGGGCAGAGCCCCGGGCUGCCCCUGGCACCAAGCAAGAUCUUCCCUGGCUUGUACGAGUUCCCGCAUCCCUACUACCAGAGGCCCCCUUCCAUCGGCCAAAGAAUCCAAAGCGGCCUGGCUGAGUGGUUCGGCCUGGCGCAGGAGAGCGAGGCCUGGCAGCAGUGGCAGCGCCGAGGCUUGCACCACUGCGACCGGCGGCUGGGCAAGCUGAAGGCGCAGUUCCGCAAGGAGAUGGACCUCCACAACCACGACUCCAUCUCGCUCGCCAGCGCCGAGACGCCGCCGCCGUUCUUCGUGGGCAUGCAGAAGGUUUACGACCCGCUGGCCCGGGGGCGAGCCUUCCGCGUGGCUGACGACAUGGACAGCGUGAGCGUGCCGCCAACGCCUGUGAGCCCCGGCGCGAUCUCGCUCGCAUCGAUGGGCAGCUACCGCUCCGGCUACAGUGGGCGCGGAGUCACUCCGGGCAGGUCCCGCGACUCCGGCCCGAAACUCAGCCUCAAGGCGGCCGCCGCCCUCCUCCGGGGCCACACAGAGUGGGAUGGAAAGCUCUCCAAGCCUAACCCCAACCGCAGGAGCUUCGCACCCUCCAUCCUGCACGAGGACGAGUACUUGAUCUGUAUCGACGACCUGGACACGGCCUUCUUCAACAUGGAGCACUCGCAGGGUUUUCUGGAGGACAGGCCGUACCCGGGGGAACCCAAGGACGCGCAGAACACGGACUACUCAGUGGACCGCGGUUCGGCACUGACGGGGUCGGCCCUGGACCCAGCUCAGCUGGAGAGCACCCGUCAGAUGCUCCCCAUGGAGCGGGGCUGGCGAAAACAGCGCGAGAGCCUUGAGGGGGGCGGCAGCGGCGGCAUCGGUGGCGGCACUGGCAGCGGCGGCGGCGGCGGCGGUGGCGGAACCCCCGUGCAGCCCAAGGUGCCGCUCCGGCAGGAGGUGGUGAGCGUGGGGCGUCCGCGUGGCCAGCGCAUCACGCCCGUCGUGCGCUCGCUGGUGCUGCAGGACCUGCGCCCGACGAACGGGCACGGCGACGCUCAUGGGCACGGCUACGGCACGGGGCUGCUGGGCCGGAUCGCCGGGCACGCGAGCGUGCGGCGCAGCGGCAGCUUCACCAGCCGGGAGCACGAGGAGCGGCACCACGAGAUGGAGGACUUUGGGGAUCACAGGGCGUACUUCACCUACUGGGUCACGUUUGUGCACGUGCUCAUUACCGUGCUCACCGUCACCAUCUACGGCCUCGCUCCCAUCGGCUUCACGCAGCAGCAGACCAGCGCCACUAUUCUCAGGAGCAAAGGCUCCUAUGAAGAUGUGAUAUAUGACCAGAGGCAAAACUUUUGGAUCGGACCCAGCUCGGAGGCCCUCGCGCACUUGGGAGCGAAGUUCGUGCCGUGCAUGCGCCCCGACGCGGCGCUCGGCGACACGCUGGCGCGGCAGCGGGCGCAGGAGACGCUGACGGGCUGCUGCGUGCGCAACGACGGCUCGGGCUGCGUGCAGACGCCCGGCGACGAGUGCUCGAAAACAUUGGAAAAUUGGAUUAAGUGGCCAGAGUCAAGCCCACUGCUAAUGGAGGACAAGAGACCCAGAACAUCAGGAGCUGUGUGUGGUCAGGAUCCCAGGGUUUGUGAGGAGCCCGCGUCUUCCCUGCCGCACGAGUGGCCGGACAACAUCACGGAGUGGCCGAUCUGCGUGAAGAAGAGUGCGGGGAACCACACGCAGCUGCCACACAUGGACUGCGAGGUGACGGGCAGACCCUGCUGCCUCGGCACUCAGGGCAGGUGCGAGCUAACGACGCGAGAGCACUGCGACUUCAUGCGCGGAUACUUCCACGACGAGGCCAGCUUGUGCUCGCAGGUGACCUGCAUGCAGGAUGCGUGUGGGCUUCUUCCUUUCCUGAGUCCAGAGGUACCUGACCAGAUCUACCGCCUGUGGCUGUCUCUGUUCCUGCACGCGGGGAUCCUGCACUGCCUCGUGAGCAGCGUGCUGCACCUGACGGUGCUGCGCGACCUCGAGAAGCUGGCGGGCUCGCUGCGCGUGCUGAUCAUCUACGUCACGAGCGGCGUGACGGGCAGCAUCGCCUCGGCCGUCCUCCUGCCCCACAAUGCGGAGGUGGGGCCAGCCGGCUCUCUGGGCGGCAUCCUCGCCUGCUUCCUCGUGGAGCUGCUGCAGAGCUGGCGCCUGAUGGCGCGGCCGUGCGUCGCCCUCGCCAAGAUAGUGGCGCUCGCCGCGCUACUGCUGCUCCUCGGCCUGCUGCCCUGGGUGGACAACGUGGCGCACGUGCUCGGCUUCGUGUCGGCGCUGCCGCUGGCGUACGCGGUGCUGCCGUACGUGGGCUGGAGCAUGAGCCCGGCGCUCCGCUACACCCACUUCCACAACCGCCGCCGCCCCUGGAAAGUGGCACUGGCACUGACCGCGGCGCUGGCACUGCCCGCUGGGCUGGCCGCCCUCUUCUACUUCUAUCCCGUGCAUUGCCGCUGGUGCGAGCACUUCAACUGCGCGCCUUUCUCCGCCAACUUCUGUGCGAACCCUGAACUGUGGCCCUUAGGUGGGACUGGUGUGUAACAGCGCGGGAAGCACUGUGGAGGAACUCGGAAUGAUUUUUUUUUUGUAUUGAAUUGCAGCCACUUUAUAGAGUGUGCCAAGAAAAGACUGGGUUAAUCGAUGUCUUCCGCAUGUGCGGAAAUCGCUUCCACCAGCAGUUCCGUAGGUUGUGAAGAGAAGAGCAUCUUUGGCAAAGCGUGCGAAAGAUGAUCACUGUGCAGCUCGUGUUUCCACCUGGUGGUCAUUGAAUGACAAAAUAUUUGUAAAAUGCAAAAAUGCUGUUACUGUAUUCUGGAGCUAAAGCAAUACAAUGCCUGCAAAUUUUUUUUUGUACAUAUCUUCUCAACAAAAUCGUUCAUUUUUGGGACAUAAAAAGUUUACUGUAUAUAGCAUCGUUUUUUUUUUGUUCAGUCUGCAAUCCCAAUGUCAUUUGUAAAUUAUUGUAAUAUUUUAAUAUGCAGCCAUGUUGCCCUUCCAUUAUAUUUCAUAGAACAACACGAUGAAUUUAAGAAGCUCUUUGGUGUUGUUCAAAGUGCCUAGCUUAUGCUGUUAACCAUUAUCAAGGCCGCGUUCAUAUGGUUUGGAUCUCCGCAAGCCAUAAUCACUCUGGUAGCCUUGCUAACUGUUCAGUGAGUAGAUGAUGCCUGAACGCCACAGUGACAUCAUGCUCUUGGCACAUGCCCCUCACACAUUUAUUGCCCUGCAUUGCCCAACCGAUUAGUUGAUGUUUUAUUUUGGCAGGAUGAAAUCUACGAGAUAUCAUCCCUUAAUACAUGCUCCCGACGUUCACAGACACGGCAAUGUCACACCGGACUUGAUUUUUCUUUCCGUAAAGCUUUUUUUUUACCUACAUGCUCAUCUUAAAGUUGUAUAAUAAUAAUUUCAAUACGGAAAAAAGAAAGGAAAUUUCAAUUGCUGUGUUUGUCCUCUUGAAUUUGAUGUGGGGGAGCGGGGGGAGAGACCAAAACACAUGGAGUGUGUGAUGAAUGCAUGCAUUGUACGUAACAAUCUAUGGCGAAUUCAUCCCUUCAACCAAGAAAAGUCACUUCUGUUUAGUUAUUUAAAAUGCUGUAAAGGAAAACUAAGAAAAAUGUAGGGUUCAAUUGAAAGAUGUCAGGGUUGGUUAACAUAAUGUAAAAUGAGGGUAAUAUAAUUCUAUCGUUUUUUUAUUACCGUCAAUUACAAUAAAAUGUGUCGUGUGUUAAUCACACAAAGUAUAAAAGCAUUAAGUAGCCAUAACUUGAGCCAUAUAAUCUGGCAUUUCACUCGAAAACACUGCCAGUGUAUUGGCGAGUUGAGUCAGCUGAUGAAUAAUUUAUGUUUUACGAACUGCAUAUUUUGUCAUCUUCCUCAAACAUUUUCUCAAUGUAACAAGCUAAAUUAUUAUUUUUUUACGCUUUAUUCCAGUCCUCUCAGAAAAUUAUUUGCAACUUUCAAGUCGUUCUCAGAAGAGAUCAUAAAUUACAGAAGAAAUAAUAUAAACUAUAAAAAUUGUUUUGAACCAUGUUGAGCUACCCUUUGUACACAUACCACAGUGCACACUAUAGUGUGCAUACAUGAGAAAUUAAAAAUACUGUAUAUUGUAAAAACAACAACUAAAUUGCUCUUGGUAACAUUGAACUAAAGAUUUUUCUUUUCUUUUUUAGAAUAUGCUAUAUAUAAAAACAUUAUUCUACGUGUACAUUUUGUAAUGUUAACCAUAGCAAGAGCAGGCUCGUCUGUACAGUAUUAUGAAAUGUCUUGGGCUUUUUUUAUAUACACGAAAGAUUUUGUAAAUUAAAAACGUGCAGAAAAAAGCGCCUCGUUUUCUUCUGACAUGUCCUUGUUUAAGUGGCGACUGAGGACGCCACACACGUGACAGGUGCAGUGAAGGUAAAUUUCAUUACCAGGUCAAGGUCAAGAUGUCAUCAGAACCAUGCCGUUGAUGCCGUCAUAUAUCAGCAAUGUAUUAUUUUUCUGAAUCAUGAUACCCAUUCUUGCCGAGCUCUGGGUUCCUGUCUUAGUAAGCCACUUUGUUAUAUCACAAGACCGUGAGAGAUGGUGAUGGCUUGAGGGAGGCCUUCAUCCAGCAGUGGAUUGAUUAUUUCUGCUGAUGAUGAAGCUGCCUUGAUAGCAGCGAUUGGUGAUGGCUUCAGAAGUAACAAAAAACGUCAUUAUCGCCAUCAUCAUCCAUUGUUUUCAUCACUUACAAUUAUUUUCUGCAAAAUUUCUGUUUAUUGAGU